CGGGGGCGCUGAGCGACACCGGGACCACCGGGAUCGGGAUCGGGAUCGGGAUCGGGACUGGGAUGGGCAGCGCCGCGACCAGGACAGAGAUCACCGGGACCUCUGGGAUCACUGGGGUCACCGGGACUGGGGUCACGGGGGUCGAGAUUGGGCAUCACCGAGAUCGGGAUCAUCGGGACGGGGAUCACCGGGAUGGGCAUAGGAACGGGGAUCGGGAGCAUUCAGAUUGGGAACACCGGGAUUGGGAUCAUCGGGACCGGGACCAGCACCACCAGGUCCCAUGGUCCGGGACCACUGGCAUUGGGAUUGGGCUCGGGCUCAUUGGGAUCAGGAUGGCGAUCGGGACCAGGACCACUGGUCCCUGGCGCCGGUAGCGGGGCAGGAAGGGGAAUAACGGGGGUUAUUGGCACCACCGAGGUUGGUGGCAGCGUGUCCGCUUGAGGCAGGGUGGGCCUGUGAACCCUCGCGUGUCCGUCCAUUCAUAAACACAGAGGCUGUAGCCGUCCCUAAUCUUGGAAACGUCCCUGUUCAGCACUUCAGCCCCAUCAAACCUCUGCCGGGGACUCUGCAAAUCACCGACUCCUCUUAUCUUUGAGAGGAGAUAACUCUGUCCCCCUUUUCCUGCUCGUGUGGGUUUGGCCACCUGAGACAUGGAGUGAGGGUCCAGGGUGGUCCCCGGCAUUCCAGCAGAAGCCAAUCCCUCCGUGGACGUGCUGUGCAGAGCAGUUGUUACAUCCCUGUGGGAUAGGGGAGGUGAGGGUGAAGCCAAGGGCUCAGAGCAGAGCGGGCAGGGUUGUGUUCUGACCCAGAGCAGGUUUAGUUCACCCCCGUGAGCUCUUACAAAAGGCACAAAGGGGUAAAAACACUCCCAUUUCCAUUCAGAUAACAAGGGAAGCUCUUCUGGAGCUGCAGCCUUUGGACCAGCAGCUGGAACUGGAGAGAAGGCCCAGAGCUCCCAGUCCCACAGAAACAGCACUGGGCAAGGGGCAUUUCCAGAAUUCCGUUGUGUUUCUUCAGCAUUUUGGUUUUUAAACGUGUCUGGAUUAUCUCUUGAAUAUCGCAGCAGGUUGGGGAAGUACCAAGAGGUGCCCAAACUGCUGUGGGAUGCAGGCUGGAGCAGAAUUCCAUACCCCAGCCGGGGAAGUGCCUUUGUGGCGAGCGGCUGCUGCCACCGGCUGGUCCCCGCCCUGCACUGCGCCUGAACAGAGCUGGCCGAGUUCACGUUUCCGUGCUCAUUUCCCCUUCCAUGCUCAUUCGCCCAGCCUCUAUUUUGUCCCCCUUUUUUUUCCCCACAUCCUUUUUUUUAGCGCUGUUUCCAAACUGCGAUUCAGAUCUUCAGAGCGAGGGGAAGCGCGAGAACCCCGGAGAGAAAAAACAUCUUUAACUAAGACUUUACAUCUUUUUCUACUGAAAUAUUUUUAACCCACUUCUGCCUUUCCGGCUCCUUUAUUUUUUUUAUUUUUUUUUCCCUUUCCGUUAGUGCAGGUGCUCCUUCCCACAGGAUUUUUGGGGCAGGCAGAGCCAUUCCAGCCCUGAUGCCGAGUUCUUUACCCGAAUGGUGCUUGUGGGCUGCAGCUCUUUGUAGGCUUUGCUCCAUCACAAGGUGUGCUGAGUCGUGACAGGAACAGGCUUUUUAAAGCUGUUUGCUUUGAGCUCUCUUGGCACAUCCAGGCGAGGCUUUUUCUCUGCUUUUUUGAAAAAAAAAAAGUAUUUAAAGUGCCGGGACAAUUUUUGCCGCUGUGCUUUAAUAGGAUUUGCAGCUGUGAAUGUGCUUUAAAAGGAUUUACAGCUGGGUUGAAGUGUCCCCUCGCUUAAAAUAACGUCACAGCUUCGUGAUUCAGGAGAAUGUGCCUCCCACUAGUUGCUUUGUGAGUGCUAGGGAGCACAAGAGGAAUAGGAACAACUCCAAAACUUUUAUUCGUGGCUAAAUAAGAAGCAUAACCCUGUGGCUGGGGACUGGAACUACCAAUGAGUGUGUUUGGAUCUUGGUUUUUGCCUUGCUGGUGACUCGCUUUCUACUCUCUCAUGCAGUUUCAAACCUUGGCAUGGUUUUUCCUCCAUCAGUAAAACGGUAAUAGAGAACCCUCUGGGUGAUUUUAGAUUGUGAAGCGAUCAAUUUGGGGACCUUUAUGUGUUACAAAGUGCUGGGGCAGACAGAAGUGCAGGAUGUGGUGUCACUAGGACCUGGUGAGAGCUGUGGGUUGUGUGUUUCUCAAACUGAAAAGCAGUUGGUGGCUGGGGAACCAACGGAAGAAAUGUCUUAUCUUAAAAACCUGCAGGGCAGAUCCCACCCUCCUCCCCUGGCAUGGGGCCAGGGGCUCCGAGCUGGGCCACAACCUCAUCCAGGACAUACAGGAAUUAAACUGGGAGAGGGGGGAGGCUCCACAAGGAGUUUUAAAUCCUGCAGGUGGGAUUUGCAGGGAGGAGGUGGAUGACAGCCACCUCAGCACACGUUUGCCAGGCAGGUGCCCACACUCUAAAGUUCAGGAGCUUUGCCAAAAUACUGGAAAACUGCUGGUGGUGAGGGUGGAGUGGUGCAAAAUUCGUGUCCUGGAGGUGCUGUCUGUGUUGGGGGAAAGCUGUGUACCUGUGUACCACCUUCCUCUGACAGAGAUGGUGCCAUGGAGUAAAUGCUGAGCUCAUCCAUUCUUGGCUCUCCAGGGGCAAACAUGGAGCAGGAGAGAGGAGAGGGAGUCUGGAAGCACCGUGAGCCCCACACAGCAACUGCUUACACGGAUGUUACGCUCAGAGUCCACAUGAAUCCUGUCUCUAUUCCAAGGAAAAGAGGCUUCCCAAACCGGAGGGAGAAUUCCCCUGACAUCAGUGACCUGCUGAGGCAACUUCCAGGCGUGGAAUGGAGCUGGUGAGGAGGGAAGACCCCCAGCUCCGGGAGGUCGUGUGGUUCGCCGGGCGCUGUCGAGCCCUGACACUGCUGCUGCAGGCUGUCUUUAACCUGCUGAUCCCGGAUCACGCCGCAGACGCCUUCUCUCCCCCUCGGCUGUCGGAGCCCAGCCCGUGGGAUGUGCUGGUGGAGUGGCUGCUGGGCGGGCUGUCCCACUGGGAUGCAGAGCACUUCCUCUUCAUCGCGGAGCACGGAUACCUGUACGAGCACAACUGUGCCUUCCUCCCGCUGUACCCCCUGAGCCUGUGGGCCGUGGCCAGGGGGGCCCUGUGGCCCCUGCAGCGGCUGCUGCGGCUGCGGAGCCGCCUCCUGCUCUCAGCUGUGCUGCUGAAUUCCCUGUUCUCCGCCCUGGCAGCCGCUGCCCUGUACGAGCUGGGCCGUGUGGUGCUGCGGCGGCGCCGCGUGGCCUUCCUCGCCGCCCUCCUCUUCUCUCUCAGCCCUGCCAACGUGUUCAUGGCAGCUGCUUACUCGGAGAGCAUGUUUGCCUUCCUGGCCUUCGGUGCCAUGUGGCAGCUGGAGAAGGGGCAGAGCUGGCUCAGUGGGCUGCUCUUCUCCCUGGCUUCUGGGGCGCGUGCCAACGGGCUGAUUAACGCUGGCUUCUUCCUCUACUCCCAGGGUAAACGCUUUGCCCUCCAGCUGCAGGUGGGAUCAGGAUCCCUAAGGAAGCUCCCUCUGUUGUGGAAGCAGGUCCUUAGCCUGGCAUCUUCAGCGGUCCUGAUGAGUGCUGGGAUUUUUCUACCUUUUGCUUUGUUUCAGUACUAUGCCUACCUGAGGUUCUGUGGUCCUGGCACCGGCCUGGAUCAGACCAUUCCCGAGCCACUGCUGCAGCUGGCUCGGGACAAGGGCUAUCAUCCGGCAGCCAUGGAUGGGGCUAAACCCCCUUGGUGCUCCCAGAGGGUCCCUGUGGUCUAUUCCUACAUCCAAGACACUUACUGGAAUGUGGGCUUUCUAAGAUACUUUGAGCUCAGACAGAUCCCAAAUUUCUUGCUGGCUUUGCCUGUGACCCUUCUGGUCUCAUGGGCUACCUGGACCUACAUCAGCACAAACCCCCGGCACUGCCUGACUCUUGGUCUGGACCGAAGUAAGAGUGAAGAGGAGGGAAAGCCAAGAGAUGGAUUUUGCUGCCCUGCUGCCUUUGUGUACGUGGUCCAUGCCACGGCCCUGCUGGCCUUUGGAUUCUUCUGCAUGCACGUGCAGGUGCUGACCCGGUUCCUUGGCUCCUCCUCUCCCAUCCUGUACUGGUUCUCCGCUCACCUGCUUCAGGAACAUGAACCUUUACUCUGGAGUGUAGGGACUGAUAAUCCACCCUCUGGGAGGUCUGUCCUAGGUAAAUCUCCCAGUUCCUGUGGGAAAGGGACUCCUGACAACCCCGUUGUGAGGCUGCUGCUGAACUGGCGAUUAAUUACCCCCCUCAGCAAGGGCAUCCUGGGAUUCUUCCUGUGCUACUGGCUGCUGGGACUGCUCCUGCACUGCAACUUCCUCCCGUGGACAUAGCAGGAUGUGCUGGCACAGACUGGGAGCAGUCAGAAUUGAAACUCACUUUUUCUGGAAGCCUGACGUAGCUGUGAUGCUGUUGCAGUUACAAAAGUGUUACUCCUCCGUUACUACGUGUGUACGGAGCUGCUGUGUCCCAAGUGGGAUGUUCUCCACGGUGUGAUGGUGCAGUGUCCUGUUACUGACAGCCAAAAUUCCCAUUCCCGGGGACAGGAAUGCACCUCGGUUCCUGCAUCUCCUGGGGGAGAUUUAUGGCAGGCAGUGAUUUAUGGUGGGACCGGUGUGAUGGAUUUGGGAACCCCCUGGGAUGUUGUUGGUGGGCACAGCUGGAGGACAGGGAGGAUCCAGCUGCCGUGAGCAGCUCAGACCGAGCUGGUUCCUUCUCCACGGCUCCAGGUUGGGCUGGGCUGGGCUGGGGGUGCUGGGGGGCAGGGCAGGGGCACAGGAGGGGUGGUGGGGCCGGGGCCGGUGUGUUUGGGAACGCACACAUCCCUAAUAAACACGUGUAAAUUA